GUCGCAAUGAUUUUCCCGCGCAGCACUUUACUCAUCGGUCCCUUUAUUUUGUCCCAAUUCAAACUUUUGCGCCACCUCUGAGCUAACACCGCAGAGCUAGGGUUCCGCCGCAUCAAAUCGUCGAAACCCAUGGAAACUCGCCAAAUCUCGAAGCUUCUCAUCCAGACACUCAGUCCUGACAGCUCAAUUCUCUCUUCUGCUACCGAUGCCCUUGACCACCUCUCACGCACAUUCCUUAAUUUUCCUUUCUCUCUUCUUUCCAUCAUUGCCUCCGGAGAUGACCAAGGAGUGAAACUUGCUGCAGCUACUUAUCUAAAGAACUUCACACGGCGAAAUACUGAUGCGAAUUGUACAAAUUCGUCGACAAGCAAGGAGUUUAGAGAUCAGUUAAUGCGUGCUUUGCUUCAAGUUGAACCUCCUGUUCUCAAAGUUUUAAUUGAAGCUUUUCGAGCUAUUGUUGCUGUGGAGUUUGUGAAGAGUAAUGCAUGGCCAGAACUUGUACCAGAGCUUAGGUGGGUCAUUGAGGACAGUGACCGGAUCUGCAAUAGUGGGAAAUCUAAAUGGAAAACAAUCAAUGCCCUAACGGUGCUGCACUCGCUCAUUAGACCAUUCCAGUACUUUUUGAAUCCAAAACUUGUGAAGGAGCCAGUUCCACCCCAGCUAGAGCUAAUUACAAAAGAGCUGCUUGUACCCUUGCUUGCAGUUUUCCAUCAUCAGGUGGAAAAGGCAUCAACUGUCCAAGGUAGAGUGGACGAGGAAACUGAGAAGAUCCUCCUCAUCACAUGCAAGUGCAUAUAUUUUACUGUGCGAUCACAUAUGCCAUCUGCUUUGGCACCUUUUCUUCCUUCUCUUUGUAGCGAUCUGUUUAAAAUUUUGAGUUCUAUAACUCUUGAGGGUGGAGAAGCUUUUGUAGAAGGGCAGACACUGAGGCGAAAGACGGGAAAGAGAGGUUUACUCAUUUUCUGUGCUUUAGUUACUCGACAUCGGAAGUUCUCUGAUAAGCUGAUGCCAGAUAUUUUAGAUUCCGUAUCAAAAAUUGUCAAGUACAGCUCGAUCAUUAGUAAGUUGGAUUUUUUAUCAGAGAGGAUUGUUUCAUUAGCUUUUGAUGUUAUCUCUCGUGUUCUGGAGACUGGACCAGGAUGGCGACUUGUGUCAUCCCAUUUUUCAACCUUGUUAGACUCCGCGAUCUUCCCAACACUAAUAAUGAAUGAGAAGGAUAUUGCAGAGUGGGAAGAAGAUGCAGAGGAGUACAUGCGGAAAAAUCUUCCCUCUGAACUUGAAGAAAUUUCUGGUUGGAGAGAGGACCUGUUUACUGCAAGAAAAAGUUCUUUGAAUUUACUUGGCAUUAUUUCAAUCUCAAAGGGACCUCCAGUUUUGGCUUCUUCAGUUUCAUCCAAACGUAAGAAAGGUGAAAGGAACAAAAGAAAAGAUUGCAGUUCUAUUGGAGAGUUGUUAGUGCUACCCUACUUGUCAAAGUUCCCUAUACCUGUUAAUUCCAGUUCAAAGGCUAUAAAUGAAUAUUUUGGUGUUUUAAUGGCCUAUAGCAGUCUUCUAGAUUUUCUGAAGGAGCAGAAGCCUGGAUUUAUUGCCACUCUUAUUCGGACGCGGGUGCUACCUCUGUAUAAAGAAUCUCUUUGUCAACCAUAUUUGAUUGCUUCUGCAAACUGGGUCCUUGGAGAGCUCUCUCCCUGUAUUCCUGAGGAAAUGAAUGCUGAUAUAUAUGCAUCAUUGUUGAAAGUGUUGACAAUGCCUGACACGGACAAGUUUUCAUGUUUCCCUGUCCGGACAUCAUCCGCUGGUGCAAUUGCGAAACUUGUUGAAAAUGACUACAUGCCACCUGAAUGGUUACCUCUGCUUCAGAUGGUAGUUGGUAGGAUUAGCGAUGAUGAAGAAGAUACUUCAGUUUAUUUACAGCUUCUUGGUACUUUAGUGGAGAUUGGGAGUGAAAAUGUUGCUCCUUACAUCCCUGAUAUUGUUCCAUUGUUGGUCAGAGCAAUAUCAAGGUGUAUACCUCCUAGCCCAGAUCCAUGGCCUCAAAUGGUUGAAAGGGGCUUUGCAACAUUAGCAUUGGUAGCUCAAUGUUGGGAGGACUCUGCACCUGAAGGAUCUGAAGAAAACGAGUCAUACGUUGCGUGGGUAUCUCGGCGGACAACUAUUGCAAAAGCUUUCUCUGAUCUCCUGCAACGAGCUUGGUUUAAACCUUUCCAGUCCAUGGAUGGUGAGGCUGCUCUUUCAAAAAUGUCUCCGUCGUGCGUGGAUGAUUCAUCCACGUUGCUUGGGUUCAUAAUUCAAUAUAUUGCUGAUAGCAAUAUAGUUCUACAGCUAAAAAUCUCAGAGUUGCUAGUAGCUUGGUCUAAUCUAAUUGCCGACUGGAAUGCCUGGGAAGAAAUGGAGGAUUUAUCUAUUUUUAAGUGCAUCAAGGAAGCUGUUAGUCUAAACAACAAAUUUGCUUUGAAGAAUUUCGUUGUGGGACAACUACCAUCUCCUCCAGCUCCUCCUGUGCCACAACGUUCAAUUAUCGAAGGAAUUGGUCUUUUUGUCACCGAGGCAUUUUCACAGUAUCCAUCUGCAGUCUGGAGGGCUUCAUCAUGUGUCCAUAUGUUAUUACAUGUCACAAGUUACUCAUUAGAACAAGAUGUUAAGAAGUCGCUGGCUUUUUCGUUUAGCAAGGCGGCAUUUUCUCGUUUCAGAGAAACUAAAAGCAAGCCUUGCUCAUUGUGGAAACCAUUGUUGCUAGGGAUAUCAUCCUGCUAUUUACACUUCCCUGACGGAGUUGAGAAGAUUUUGGAGACCCUUGAACAUGAAGGCUUCACUGUCUGGGUAUCUGCCUUGGCAUUUAUCUUGACUGACAAAUUUGAACACAAAAUGUCAACGGAGUCUGAGAUAAAGUUAACUGGGAUGACAUUAGUCAAAGUAAUUGAGCGUCUGCUAACAGAAGGAAAACAAAGGAGUACUUCACUGCAUGAUUGCUUUACUUCAUUGAUAGAGGCAUCCAUAAGGGCGAAAGAAAUGCAAGUAGAAGAGGAAGAAGAAGAUGAAGAAGACGAAGGCGAGGAUGAUAAUGAUGAGGACUCUGAGGAUGAUGAUGAAGAGGAUUCCGAGGAUGAUGAAAUAGAAGAAACUGAAGAGGAAUUCCUAGAAAGGUGUGCCAAAGUAGCCACUGCAUUGGAAAAUGGGACUAUUGUGGAAGAAGGUGAUUUGGAAGAUCAGGAGCAAGAUAUUGACCUUGGUACUAUGGAAGAGGUUGAUCUGCAGAGUAGUGUGCUCUCAUUGAUCCAGAGGUACCACGGUAUACUCGUACAAGGACAGUCAAUUCCACCUCAUCUGAUUUCAAGCUUCAUCAGCGCCUUUCCCGAGUGUAACAUGUGCUUCCAACAAAUAAGGCAUUAGCCUUUAUUAUGUUCCAGUUACAAUUAUAGAAAGCAUUUGUGGUCUUCUUGUAGUGCUAUAUUAAGCCUCUGUUUGGUUGGAAUUAAAGCAAGGAUUUUAGUGAUUUUUGAUAAAAUUUGAUGAAUUGUAUAGUUCAAAAGUUGUGGGAUUUAUAAAUUAUGUAGUUAAAAUUGAUUGUUCA